GUACUGCUUCUGUGAAGGAAGAGAGAACAUCACAUGUUCCUCUCUUUCCACGAUGAACACUGAGGUCAGACCAGAGUAUUACAAGGACGUGCCCUGUGUCGUACGUCUGAACAGGAAGAAGCGAGCGGUACAGAACAGAAACAUCGAUACAGAGCACCGAUACAAAAGGCAAACACCAUCGGAAGUUUGGACCAACCAGACUGCCGCUGAAUUCUGCAACAACCUAUUCGCGGCAUCCUCGACCGUCCAGCUGUGCCGCAACGUCCCAGGAGUCAACGUUGACAACAGCCGUGAUGACUGCAUUAGCGAUAUAUUGCUCUCUGGAACAACCGAAUUCCAAAUGAUGUCUAUCGACACAGUUCGUUCAUCCUGUGAGACGGAGGUGCUCCUCAACCCCGACCUGUGGGUUGCUGACCCCCAAAACCCAGGAGCCCCUUCAGUGUUUGACACCAUCACCAACAACGUCUGUCCUAACGACUGUAGAGGGAGAGGCACCUGUCAGAGAGGACUGUGCGACUGCAGUGCUGGAUUUGGCGGUGCUGACUGUUCCGUGGACUUGACCCAGCCCCCUCAGCUGGACGAGGUCGAAGACAACGGUCACUGUGACCUGGCUACCAGCAGCUGCCAGCGACUGACAGUAUUUGGACUCACCUUCCUAGAAGAUGUGACAAUCAAAUGUCGAUCCACUAUGUUCACGGUGAGCAAUGAUGGAGACCUUCACCAGCCGAAUACCCAGGUUACAAAUGCCAUUGAGCGGAGCUUGAGUGAAGUUGAGUGUCCUGUGAGGAUAGACGCACCCAGGGGUAUCGUCACUGCCUACAACAUCUCCGUAGCUAACACUGACAACAUCUACAGCGAGAAUGUCAUGGUUCUGGUGUAUGACAGCACGUGUGUGGACGUUGAUAACGAGUCCAAAACCUGGACUGUAACGAACGGAUACGAUGUUCAGAACGGCAGAUGCAUCAGCAGUUGGAUCUCAGGGAGCCCUACAGACGUCUCAACAUUGACACCGACAUCAACAUCUACAUCAACUACAAUGUCAGCGACCACAACGCCAACAUCAGUAUUGACAUCCAAAUCACAGCCACAAUCAACAUCAGUAUCAUCAUCGACACCGACAUCACCGGCGACAUCAACUAACAUGUCAAAGCCGACCACAACGCCUACAUCAAUAUUGAAAUCCACACCAAAGCCACUACCAGCAUCAACAUGGGCAUCAGCAUCUGAACCGACAUUAUCGGCGACAUCAACUACAAUGUCAAAGCCGACCACAACGCCUACAUCAAUAUUGACAUCCACACUAAAGCCACCGCAAGCAUCAACAUGGGCAUCAGCAUCUGAACCGACAUCACCAGCGACAUCAACUGCAAUGUCAUAGUCGACCACAAUACCAAGAUCAAUAUUGACAUCCACACUAAAAUCACCGCCAACAUCAACAUCAGCAUCUAACCUGACAGCAACGUUUAGCACGAAAUCAACAUCAAGAUCGACAGCAGCGCACGUAUCAACAUCAACACCAACUCCAACAUCAACGUCAACGCCGAUGAUAGACGUCACUGGCCCAGUUUUGGAUGUAGAAACUACCACCAACGCCAACUACAAAGCCACCAUGUCCUAUUUCACUCUAUUUGCCUCCCUUAUUUCUUGUAUUAUCUCACUGUCUUUGUACGACUUCUGAAUCCCGCCAGUGAACUUGUUGACUCGAGGAUUUGUAAAUCGCAGUAGACGAUACACUGAUUUCUCCGCUCAUGCUAGGAUCGAAUAAGAAAAACACCCAUACAGCCUGCUUUUGCUAUCUUCGACUUCUUUGUUCACAAAUCUAGGGGACUUGCACUUGAGAGAGUUUUUUCAGUGGAGGGAAUACACUAUGUCUGUAAGCCCGCAGCUAUAUAUCAAAAGGCGAUACACUGAAUGCUCCGCUUGAAGUAGGAUUGAAUAAAAAAAAACCACACAACCUGCUAGUAUUUAUGUAUUAAGGUAUAUAUAUGUUAAAGUUCACUGUUCACGGAUUGCAUAAAAGUUGCACUUGAGAGGGUUCAGUUUAUUCAAUGAAAUGAAGGCGGUGCAGAUUCAUAUUCAGCAGGAAACCAUUUACCAUCAUGUUGACUGUUUGUAAAUGAUGUUUACAUUAAUACGUAAUGAAUGAAGGAUAUAUUGUGAUAGUUUGCCUCAAAUGGUUAUAUUGCUGGAGGUCUUAUCAUUAUGAGGAUAUGUAUGUACUGGUGUACCACGUAGACACCUGAAUUCCUGCGCAUGACCUCACAUUUUGGACAUAAAUAUUGAUACUCAGCUUCAGUGAAAUGUACAUUUUCUAUUUUACAGUAGCUAGAUA